UGUGCAGCGCCUUAGCGGAACCUCAGCCAAAGCUAUAAACUUCAACCGGCCACAAGAGUGUGCAUGUGAGGUGACUACAUUUUUUUUUCCCUGCCAAACCAGAAUUAGCCGGUAUAGGAAUGAACGAGCAUGAAGAUUUGAAAUUGCUCCGAUUGGAAGGAAGCCCAGGUUAGGUUUGGGCACCUCCAAACGCACCCUUUUUAAAGCCACCUGGACUGCGGCGUCGAGCUUUCGGCUCCACCAAACGCUCAUCUGGCCUGGCAGCGAGCGGCGGAAGACCCCGGGAGCCCGGCACAGAGCGCACCGAGCCCGGCGGAGAGCAGAGCUGUAGGCACCCGCAUCUCCAGGAUGAUAGGCAACAUUGCAACAAAUCUCUAUACCCAGCAGCUCAGGGGGCUCCAAGCAGAGCAGCAAGUUCGAGGAUCCGGGCGUGGAGCCGAGUGAGGCCGCAGCCCAGCGGGCCUCGGGCGAAAAAUCUUGGAAAAUGUAUACCAGUCAUGAAGAUAUUGGGUAUGAUUUUGAAGAUGACCCCAAAGACAAAAAGACACUUAAGCCCCACCCAAACAUUGAUGGCGGAUGGGCUUGGAUGAUGGUGCUCUCCUCUUUCUUUGUGCACAUCCUCAUCAUGGGCUCCCAGAUGGCCCUGGGUGUCCUCAAUGUGGAAUGGCUGGAAGAAUUCCACCAGAGCCGCGGCCUGACCGCGUGGGUCAGCUCCCUCAGCAUGGGCAUCACCUUGAUAGUGGGCCCCUUCAUCGGCUUGUUCAUUAACACCUGUGGGUGCCGCCAGACUGCGAUCAUUGGAGGGCUCGUCAAUUCCCUGGGCUGGGUGUUGAGUGCCUACGCUGCAAACGUGCAUUAUCUCUUCAUUACUUUUGGAGUAGCAGCUGGCCUGGGCAGCGGGAUGGCCUACCUGCCAGCGGUGGUCAUGGUGGGCAGGUAUUUCCAGAAGAGACGCGCCCUCGCCCAGGGCCUCAGCACCACGGGAACCGGAUUCGGUACGUUCCUGAUGACUGUGCUGCUGAAGUACCUGUGCGCAGAGUACGGCUGGAGGAAUGCCAUGCUGAUCCAAGGUGCCGUUUCCUUAAACCUGUGUGUGUGUGGGGCGCUCAUGAGGCCCCUCUCUCCUGGGAAAAACCCAAACGACCCAGGAGAGAAAGAUCUGCGCGUCCUGCCGGCGCACUCCACGGAAUCUGUGAAGUCAGCUGGACAGCAGGGAAGAACAGAAGAGAAGGAUGGUGGGCCCGGGAACGAGGAGACCCUGGGCGACCUUCAAGCCCAGGAGUGCCCCGAUCGGGCCGGGCACAGGAAGAACCUGUGGGCUCUCCGGAUUCUGAAGACGCUCAGCUGGCUCACCAUGAGAGUCAGGAAGGGCUUCGAGGACUGGUACUCGGGCUACUUUGGGACAGCCUCUCUAUUUACAAAUCGAAUGUUUGUAGCCUUUAUUUUCUGGGCUUUGUUUGCAUACAGCAGCUUUGUCAUCCCCUUCAUUCACCUCCCAGAAAUCGUCAAUUUGUAUAACUUAUCGGAGCAAAACGACAUUUUCCCUCUGACGUCAAUUAUAGCAAUAGUUCACAUCUUCGGAAAAGUGAUCCUGGGCGUCAUAGCCGACUUACCUUGCAUCAGUGUUUGGAACGUCUUCCUGUUGGCCAACUUCACCCUUGUCCUCAGUAUUUUUAUUCUGCCGUUGAUGCACACGUACGCUGGCCUGGCGGUCAUCUGCGCACUGAUAGGGUUUUCCAGUGGUUAUUUCUCGCUAAUGCCCGUAGUGACUGAAGACUUGGUUGGCAUUGAACACCUGGCCAAUGCCUACGGCAUCAUCAUCUGUGCUAAUGGCAUCUCUGCAUUGCUGGGACCACCUUUUGCAGGGUGGAUCUAUGACAUCACGCAAAAAUAUGAUUUUUCCUUCUACAUAUGUGGUUUGCUUUACAUGAUAGGAAUACUCUUUUUACUUAUUCAGCCGUGCAUUCGAAUUAUAGAACAAUCCAGAAGAAAAUACAUGGAUGGUGCACAUGUUUAGUAUCAUGUAACGUUCCGUGUGGGUUUCACUGUAAUACUCAUGCCUACCUCGCAUGGUUGCUGUGAGGCACCUAUGACAGGACGUGGGAAAGCAUUUUGUACAGUGACUGGCACUGUCAUUUGUAAAUGCCAUUGUCACAGCCUCAUUUGUAAGCAGCACUGCCUCUCUGUUUGGGGAGAUGUAAUGCUGGAAGGUAUUAAGGACUACAUGCAUUCUAAAGAUGACAGUGUUGUUCAAAGACAGCCUAGUAAAUAAUUGGUAGAAAUACCCUUAUCAAAAUCAUUCUCUUGUCAUCUACUGGAACUAGGUUUUUAAAUACAGCUUUUAAAACACACACAGGGAAUAAAAGCUUUUCAAUUCAACCACUUCUUUGUAAGACAAAACCGAAGUAUCUGUGUGCUUCCAGAAAGAUUCCAGAUCAAUGGGUUUCAAGCACAAGAAUAUGACGAGAUUUCAGAAAUUAAUUAUUACAGGGAGCUAUUGAUCUACUAGCAUCAAACAAAGGCAAGCUCUAAUUCCACAGGUAAUACAAUUUAGUACAAUUAAAGAAACACAGCUUGUAUUUUUAUGAGGGAAUUCUGCAGCUAGGGAUCGGGCUUCAUAAAUCCUCCUCUAAAAGAAGACAUUUGCCAUUAAUCCUAAUUCACUGUUAUCCAGUUAUAAAUGGAAUCUUGAGACAAAACCUUAACAAAGAAAUAACAAUAAUGAUUUCCUUAGCAGAAGCCGGAUUUGUACGCACAACAUUAAAUAAAGGGCUACAAUUCAAGCACUUUUAUUCAUAUCAUUGGCCUCUUAGAUGAUAAACAUGAUCUGGGGCCUGUAAUAUUUUUUUCUGAGUUUCUUCAGCCCAAAAAAUGUAACAUAGAACUAAUUGCUAACUGACAAAUAAAGUUAAUAGUUAAAUCAUCUCCAAGGAAUGUUGCUAAUCCAAAAUAUAACACUAUCAAUUUGUGAGGGUAAUAAAUAGAGUGCCCUUAGUGUAGAUGUCUGUGCCACACCUGACAUUGGAGUAGUGAUAACAAAUAGCCCAUCUCUAGACUCUUGUGUUGUUAUGUAGACCAUUCGCCUGAGUGUGGCACAGUUUUAAAAAUAGUUCUCUUGAUUGAUUUCAUACAGAAGAUGACUGUGAUCCGUGACAUCUAAUAAUGCCCUUUCUUUAUCUGAGAUGUCUAUUUUUCUUUUUUUUUUUUUUUUUUUUUGGAGACGGAGUCUCGCUCUGUAGCGCGCAGGCUGGA